UUAGGUGAUUUGUCAACACGUAAGCUUGUGCAAUAAAUGCCUGUUUUUCUUUAAUUUUUCCUCGUGGAUCGAUUGUUUCUCGUUGAAAAUAGUAAAUUAAAUAUUUAGACAUGACUUUGAGCGAUAGCGAAGAUUUUGAGAGCGCCGAUGAAGGCCAGGACCACACGGAUAAGAAAGGCAGAAAGUCUAGGAAUUCAUCGUCAAAUUAUAGUGAUAACUUGGAAGCGGAAGGAGAUAUGAAAAAGGCUUCAGCGCCUGUAGUGACCAAGGAUAACCCUAAGCUAACAGUGGAAGAAACAGACGGUUGGGAUGACUUUGACAUUGACAGUAGUGAACCGGUAGUACAGCCAAGUCCUGAUAAGAAAACUAGUGAUAAUAAAAAGCCUGCAUCCAAACUUGAACCUAAGCAAACUUCUAAGGAAAAAGAACCUGUAAAGAGUAGUAAAGAUAUGGGCUGGGAUGACUUUGAUGACUGGGGAGAUGAUAAUACAGUUACCAAUGCAUCUAAGGAGCCAAAAGAGCAGUCACAUAAAGCACCAUCCCCACAAGACCGUGAUAUCAAGGAGGUGACAGAGAAGCUGGCGUCUACCUCCACCGGCGGCUGGGGAUGGGGGUGGGGCAUGGACUCCCUGCUGAGCACUGCCACUGCCGGUCUCACCACUAUCACUAACCAGGUUUCUCAGGGCAUAACAACAGUCCUAGAAACGGGUAUUGGUGCACCGGAACCAGAAGAGUUGGCCAAGAGAAUGGCGGCUAGUGAUGAUAAGAUUCCAGAAACUAGUUCGUACGCUGCCAAACCCGCUGAACAGACAGAAAGUGCUAAAACUCCAAGCGAUAGCGGAUUUGGUUUUGGAAAUAUACUGAAGUUCGUUGAAUCCACAGGUUCCAAAGUAAUAACAGGUGGCUUGGACACCCUGGAGACUAUAGGACGUAAGACUAUGGAGAUACUUCAGGAAGGUGACCCUCGGUUCGUAAGGAAACGGGCACUGCUAGGGUUAGACCCUGAUACUCCCGUGCUCUCCAAAGUACUGAGAGAAGCCAAGGCCAAAGCCGAGGAGGAGGAUCGGAUACGAGAAGAGAAGAGAGAAGCUAAGGAGAUACAUUAUGAGAAUCUUUUUGAUGAUUAUGGAGGGUUAGUCCACUUGGAAGCGCUGGAGAUGUUGGCUAAACAAGUUAACAUGCGCAUUGAAGAGCGGCUGCGCUGCGCCGACAGCGAAGAGAAGCAGGACCUCAAGGAGACCUUACAGCAGAUCACUGAUCUAUGCGAGCUACCCGAGGAGGAUGAGAGUGAUGACGAGGAGACGGCGCAGCGGUACGCCGCCAUGUCCAAGGCUGAAGUGUUCCACGAGCGGCUGCAGAAGGCUACGCAGGACCUCGGCGUCAAACUCACGUUCCAGCCCUUGAUCAAACACUACACAGAAGUCCUGGAAUGGCUGUCGGACCCGGAAGCGGACUGCAAGGCAAUCAACAAGAAGGCAAUAACGUCUCUUGCGCAGAUAACGGCGCAGUGCGUCGAGAUCUACCACAAGACCGCCGAGAUGAUGCUCGUCAAGCAACGACGGUCAACGGCCGAUGAAGCUGACGCUCUUACACAAUUGACAGUGGCACUGAGUCAAUACAUCCAGGAGACGGCGAAAGUGUUCGCACAAACACUAGAUAACAAAGCAACGUCGGACUACGCCGCCGAAGCUAACCAUUACAUCACCAAUAUAUACUUAGAGGGUGGCAACAGUGUAUCGUACAUUCAAGACGCAUUCCUGUUAAUACAACCCAUCAUACAAAUAGGCGCUAUAUAAUGUACAUAAAUAAUUAGAAAAGGUUUAGUACGAUCUACUCUGAACCGGCGUGCGUGUAUGAAACGAUUGAUGAAUGUGGAGGAAGCAAGAAAAGUGUGUCAGGAUCGAAGCAAAUGGAAUUCUACAGUCUCCGCUUACCUCGGUGGGAAAUAGGCGUGAGUUUAUGUAUGGUCUCGAGCAUUAAUAUGUAUACACUUUGGUACCAUGUCACAUUAUUUUUUUUGACAAAUUCAACUGUAAGUCUCACUAAAUGUCAAAUAUGUUAGUGCGACAGAGUCCUAAAGUGAGUACAUUAUAUUGUUCAUGACUGUAUGUAUCAUAAUUUUAUUUUAUAAGUUUGCGUUUGACCGCAACUCACUUUUUAGUAAAUGACGAAGUGGCCUAAGGUGAUACACGGCUAUAUAGUAAGGGGACGAACGCGUGGACUGUGUCUCUUAAGACCUAGAGUGGAUACACAUUUAGUAAAGCACCUUUUUUUUACUAUGAGCAGAUUUGGUAUAAGUGAAGUGUCAGGUAGAGUGUGUCCUCCAGCGAGGACAGCUACUCAUAAUUAGCUAAUCUAUGACCACUUAUUCUUCUGAAUGCUCCAUUAUAUCUUUUCUCUUGAGUCCAGUAAGCUGGAUUGCCAAUUCAUUGGGAUGUUUUUUCAGCCUUGCUUGGUAGAGUAAAGCACCUAAAUAAUAAUUUAUAAUCAUUUAAAAUCUUCAAUAAGACCCAGAGGGUUAUUCUAGAUAAUAUUUAUUCUUCCUCCGAAAUAAUAGGCUAGUUUCCAACUAUAAUAGUCAAAUCAAUUACUUUUUACUAAACGUCAAAACACGAAAUUACUAUGGAAUUUGUAUGAAAAGGAACAAGUGACGUCAUAGAAAAAUGUGACCCAAUGUCGGACGUAUUAUUACGUUUUUAUUGUUUAAAAUUUAUAAAUAAGUUAAAUAGAAAAAUAAAAUGUUUUUCGUUAGUUUUACUUGUGUUAUUAUUUAGUAAUCAGAAUUUCAUAAUUUAUCUUGAACCUAUAUAUACGACCCAAUUAAAGUUGUCGAUAUCCGUGUGGUUACCCUACCUUAGGCUUCGUCGUCGCUUGCGGUUAGGUUAUAAUUAGGUGAGAAACCUAUGUUGAAUAGAAAAAUAAUAAUAAAAUUAAGUUUUAUUUCGUUGGUUUAGUCUCGACAGCAUUUCAAACACAUAUCUAUUAUAAUUUUUAAAAUUUUAUCCUGAAAAAAUGUAAAAAAAUAAUAUUCUUAUUUACUCUUAAUAUAUUGGACAAUAACGCAUAAUAAACGUUUUGUUAGAUAAU